AUGUCGGACGAGGAUCUGCGAGGUUCUUAGCUCGAUUUGGUUUUAUUUCUUUCGAUAUUUAUGUAUUUCCUUUUGCGAUACUUUUUCCUUUUAGUUGUUGUUAACAUGACUGUGUCUUGCUUGCAACUUUCUGCUCGUAGACACCGAUACAGGGAAGAAGAAAGGCUUCUUCUCCAGCCUGAAGCGCUCGAAGUCAAAAGGAGGCCGUGGUAGGAAAAACACCAAAUCGAGCUCCAUGCCGCAUCUUCCUCAGUCUUACGCUCAGAUAAAUGGGAAUGCUGUUAAACGUACUGAUCAAUUUAAUAUUUCUCAACCAGCUAAAGGUGGUGCCGAAGAAGAUGGGGCUGCACCUGUACCUUCACCUAGUGAGGCCGGAGGUUUAACGGAAUGUCCCGCUCAAGAUGUCUCGCCCGGCUCAUUGGUAUGUUGGCCAUGACAUAUUUUUAGUUUUAGAAAAGUUUAAUAAGAAAGAGCAAAUCGACGCUUAAGGAAGAAUCCUUUGUUGUAGAUUGCCCGUCGAACUCGAUUGUUGUUGUCAUGCCAUCGACAAUUUCCCCUGGUUUCAAAUUUCAAGGGUUUUCCCUUUUACCUGCUUUUAUUGAUGAAACCUUUACAUACCAUUAUCCAUCCUAUUUUUAAGGCUGGUGAUGUAGCCAGAGCUGGAAAAUGUGCAUUCUUUUCUCUAGAAGUAGAGUUAAAGGAUGGCAGAGACUUGGCAGCCCGAGACAAAACAGGUACCUGUAUUUUUAAUACACCAGUUAUGAAGAAAAAUAUAUCAAGCUUAUUUGAUAUUGUGUUUCUCAACAACAUAUUCUGAUUCUUGAUUUCUUCUGAAAUACUCUGCUAAUUUUUAAAAGUACCAGCAUAAGAUAAAUUAAAUCUUUGUUUUCAAAUUUUGGAUGAUAUAUAAACCAUAACAGAUUAAACCUCUAAGACUAAGAAUUAAAAUUCGCUAAACGGAAUGAUAUUUGUAAACAAGUAGCUUGCGGAAUGUUUUGAAUUCGGAUAAAACUAAGCCAACAUAAUCUGAAAUAGUGACUUCUUAAAGAUUUAAUAUCGAACUUUAGUUGUUUUCGAUUUACUGCAUAACGUAAAACUUUACCAUCCUCAUUGCUCAUUUUGGUUGGAUAUAAUUUUUAGGAAUAUUAAUAUUUUUUUAGUGUUAAUAAGAUUUAAUACGUUCUAAACGUCAGUGACUCAUCAUUUAAUGACAACUUUGCCUAUAUUAUUUGAACAAUUUAAAAAAGUUCAACUUAAGUUUUACUCUGACUGGGUAUACCUAUUAAGUCGCAAAUAUUGCGCUUUAAUACCUUAGUGACUAGCUUUACUUUGAAGCAUGCAUUUUAUUUCCUUUGUUUGCAUAUGGCUGAACUGUCCUUUAGUAAAUGUAAAAUAAGAGACCGCUGUAUGUGAUGCUGUGGUUAAUAUCCAUCGUGUUAAGAAUACAGUAGUUUCACGAGAAUCGCUUGGAGAAUCGUGUGUUUUAAAUUUCUAGAGACUUAGUGAGACAUUUUAUCAGUUAACACCCUAGUCUAUUAUUAAUUAUUAAUCAAUUUUUCAAAUAUGGCCUUAGACUUACUAUGCAACAGCACAGCACUAGUUCAGGUGAAGAACUUUGUAUUAACAUGUCUCAAAGACAGACAACUGCAUGACUGUAGUAAUCAUCCUUGACAGACAAUGUUCUGUUGGUUGGUUAUUGGUUGAAAGGUUGUUGAAUUAUAUUAAAAAAGAUAGCUAAUUGACAGAUGUACAGGUAUCUAAACAGGUGGUCUACUUGAGUAACCAAUAUAAGCAAAUGCAUAAAGUCUGACAUGUUGUCCUUAUAAAUACACAUUAUGUUUGAUUGGAGAAAAUUUUUUCCAGUCCUUUGUGGUGAUAAAAAAAAAUUCUCCCUUUCUUGGAGUCACUUUGACUCCUUUUCCACAAAUUUUGGAGUCAUUUUGGAAACUGUGGAUUCAAAAAAUUUGAAAAAACUUUACUUUUUAUGAGGAGCAAGAAAACUGAAAGUUACGCUGUCUUACUUUCGUUUUACUGACUAUGGAUUCAUUACAAAUACACCAACUUUCAUUUUGUCUUUUCCCUGUACAUGCAACCAAUCUGCUAUUAGUUAAUGUCUUUUUUGAUAAGUUCAUAGCAAUAUCAAAGUACCGUUACCAAUCUCAAGUUGUAAGUGUCAACAUUGUCAGAUUUUGGUAAUACAAUGCUGAGAUGUUUUUUUUCGAAGAUGAAGACUCCAUUUUGAACAUGUGGAAGGUAGAUACUUAAUACAACUAUUACGUGAAGAAUAUGAACAAAGGACAACUUCUGACCAGCAAGUUUGACAUUCCAAAAUAGUAGCCAAAGUAGCAGUCUUGAAUAUCAACACAAAGAAGCGGUAGAAAACUUCAUUUAUCAAGGAAAUGAUGCCACAAGCCCGCCAUUUCCUUCAACCUUCUAUAUAUGGUUUCAUUAGGAAUCUAACAAUGUUUAAAUUUUGCCUGCCAGAUUUUUAACAUUUAGCUCAAUAAUUAAAUUUUAUAUAUCAUGACUCUACGUUGGAGUCAAGAUCAUGACUCCUUGUAGGAAAUUUUUUGAGUCAUAGAUAAAUUUUUGGCAUAAAACGUAUUUGUAAUCCAUGGCUUUGUAAAAAAUUCAUAAUGCCUGCACCUUCAUGUUUCUAAAGAAAUGACUGAAACUGUUUGUAGAUGUUAUAAACAUGUAUCCAAAAAUGCCCAUUUCUUGAAGUACAUGCAUGUUAUCCAAACUGUGAAAUUUCUAAGGAUGUUUGCAUAAUAAAUCUUUCGUAUGUUUCUCAGCACUCAGUUUCUGUGGUCUAAUCUGCUAAGGUGCAAAUAGUACAACAGGGUAAACGUGCAGUAGUAAAAAACAGACUUAAAGCCAAAAAAAGUUAAUGCAUUAAUAUUUGUACUGAUUUGUAGUAUUGAUGAUUUUCUCCUCUUUCCUGAAUUAGAAAAUGCAACAUUUCCAUUGAUAAUUAUAAUCUCAUCAAAUGGAUAGCACACACUCACUUACUCAGUCUGAAACUUUGGCUCAUCCUCGGUGUAAGAACCUGUUAAACUCACUGGUGACAUAAAACAAAGAAAACAAAGAAGUCAACACUAUAAAACCUAGAAAAACAAAAGGUACAAAACAAAGAAAAAGUUCACAGGUUACCGAGGUAAACCCGAAACUUUGACGUAACUUGACAUCACAGUUUCAAUCCAUGCUUCUCUCAGUUUUAAUUCAAAAAUUUCACUGGUCAAAAUUAAAUUCACUCUAAAAUUUUUGGACUCAGAUUGAUUCUCUAUUUCCUUCGUCUCAUAGCCCUUAUUAUUCAUGAAUAAAGGCCAGGAGACAAAGGAGAUUGAGAAUCAAUCAGGUUAAAAAAAAUGAACCUCAUGAAUUUAAUUUUGACCUGUAACAGAUAUUCAAGCAAAGUUUUUCAUAUUCACAUAAACCAGUUAGACCAAUUAUUAUUGCAAUAAUGAAGAUACUUUGUAAUUUUUUUGACAUGUAACUUUGUAAUAGUUUGUCAUAAUAAUAGUAAUAAAUUAUUAAUACAGGGUAAUAAUGGAAAGAAUAAUAACAAACAAUAAUAAUAAUGAUAAUAAUAAUAAUUUAAUGAAGUAAUACAGAUAAAUUAGGCAUUAUGAUAAGCAGGAUAAUGCUCUUGAGUUUUGAAUAUUUAUUUCACUAAUAUUGUUUUAAAGUUGAGUUUUCUUAGCAGGUGACUCCUGUUUUGGUAUGUCAUAAAGUUAAAUAUUUUAAAUAAAUACAACACUAAUAAGUCAAAAUUAAAUGCUUUUACUAAUGGCAUUUAACAGUUGCUAUAAUUUUUAAAGGAGCUGAAUUUAAAACAUCAAGUCUUCGUUCAUACUUUAUGAAAGUUGACAGUAAUUUGUUUGGAUAUUCUUACAAAAAAUAAAUAGCAACUUUUUUUUUUGAAGAACAACGACUGCAAGUACAUUGAAAUAAAACCCAUGAAUAAGAGAUUUUCUGUUGUCAUUAACAGAUUGGAAAUGGACUUUUAUCUUUUCUUCCACGGCUUGAUUAUUUCAGAGUUGAUUAUUUUUUAAAAAUAAACACUCAACAUGUGACUAUGUAUGUGUGCGUUAAACUUUUAUUAGUUUGCAGCUUGUUGCUCUCUCAUGGCAUUUAAAAUGUUGUUAACUGUGGUCAUUUUAUUAGAUUCUUUUAGUGUGGAAUUUCUUCAUGAAAAGCCAGUUACUAAACCUAUCACCAGGGCACCAGGUUUGAUUUAAUCCUAAACAAAACAUAAAAAGAUAAACUUUUUUGCUUAGAAUAGUUAAAAUGAACAUUACUUCACAUAACAUAAAGUGACUGCAUAAAAAUGGUUACACUAAAAUUUUUUAUUCUUCAAUGUAACGGUUCAGUUGACUUAACUAACAUAAGAACAUUUACAUGUAAAAGACUGAAAUAAAUGAAUAGUAUACAAUGUAUUUCAAAUUUAUAAACAGUAUUCUGAAAUGACAAUAAAUUUAAAUUUAAAUUUCAUAAAUUAUAAUAGCAUUAAUAAAUAAAAUAUUAUUAAUAUGCGAAAAACCUAAACUGCUUACUAAGGCCUUAUACACUUAACACCUAUGAAAACUUAUUGAUAUCAUUCAUUUCUUAAACAGUGUUCUCACCAGAAUUUUGUGAUUUGUGGCCUAAUGACACUAGGCCUUGAAGCGUCUGGGCCAUUUAAAACAAAGAAAUUAUGAGUCACAAGAGUUCACUCAGUUUGAAGUUUUCAACUGAAAUUUGUGUAAUUAUAACUACAAACACUGGAAUAAAACCAAAUGUCCUAACCAAAUAUUGUUGUUUAUAGUCGUACUAGAUAGAAAACAACAAUAAAAUAUUGCUCAUUAUAAUCAAACUCAUAUUCCGCCGGGAGCAGUAAAAAACUUGAUUGCCUAUUUACAACCAAAACUGACUUUUCAAUUAAGUUGCUACAUUUCUGCACCCUGUGGGCCCUUAGACUUUUUAAGUGCACCAUUUCACUAAUAAAUGUGUGAAUCCCGCAAUGGUGUAGUGUAGUGAAGACACUGCUUAAAAUGUGUUUUUGAAAUUUUUUUAUCAAUAUAGAUAUUUAUUUUUUCUUUUCAGGCACCAGUGAUCCUUAUGUGAAAUUUAAAACUGAUGGAAAACAGAUAUACAAAAGCAGAACUGUGCAAAAGAACUUAAAUCCUCAGUGGAAUGAGAAAUUCUGUGUACCUAUUGAAGAUAUAACUGUUCCUCUUAUCUUAAAAGUACUUGAUUUUGAUCGAGUUGGCAAUGAUGAUCCAAUGGGAAGAGCUGUUGUGGAUUUGUCAGCAAUUGAAAUUGAGAAGUAAGUUUCCUUAUUAUUUUAAACCCCUUCUCUUUAUUUUAUAAUACACACUAGUAGGUGUGUAAAAUAAUAUUUCUUUGUUUGAUACUUGUAGUUACAUUAGGGUGCUGUUUCAAUUCACUAUUUAAAAGCUGUUUUAAAGCCAUGCAUUCAUAGAAAUAGCAAUAGAAAAGAGAAAAAAAUGCAAGCAUUAAAAGGUUUACUGUGAAACUCACAAAACUGUGAGCACCAGAAAUAUUUGUGGAAUGUUAUUGUGUUAUUGCGAGGAAUUAGCCAAUAAGGUGUGAGAUAACUCAACUGCAAAGAGCAACUGUAAUUAGUUUGUGGUUUUGAGGUUUGCUUGCAUGUCCUGAACUUUAUGUGACUGGUCACUACACAAUCAAUAUUGGACCUGAAAUAUUUCAAGUGUUCAUGGUUUUCUGCAUUUGACAGUAAAAUGUUUUAAGUACAUGUGUACCUGUACUUCACUUUUGUGACAUGGUUGUGUGUGCCAAACUGGCCUGAGCUACAUGUACCAUUGUAUCUGAAAGUUGUUGAGCAAACACAGUUGUGCUUAUCCUGCCUAUUUGUUUUUUCUUUCUUAAUAAUGUAAUAUUUAUGAACUCAGACCUACAGAAAUGAUCCUUGACCUAGAGGACCCUGAUGGAGGAAAAGAAAAGUUGGGUCAGAUUUGUGCAAUCUUUACUGUUCAGCCAAAGAAUUUUGAGGACAGGCAAGAGGUAAAUAUAACUCAUAUCCAUAAAAACUGUAUAGAGGGUAUUUCCUGGAAAAGUGAAGUCGAGGACUAAAGGCCCCAGACCUCAGCUCUACACAGCUUUGUAAUUACUUCGACACAGAAUUUAUAAUUUAUGUUAAUUGUACUGAUUUUUAUGGUAUAGUGCACACAUUCUUGAGUGCAGGUAUAUGGGAAAAGCUUGGGAACAGCUUAGCUUGGCUCUCUCCUUUCCCUAGACAAGGCUUGUCAUUAAGCCAAACAAGACAGCUUAUUUUUGUGGCUGGUUUUGCUGCUUAGGUACAAAUAUGGAUGUUAUUCACCAGAUGGCGACUUACACUUAGCCUCUCCUGGAUAUUGCAAGCCUUUCUUUUUUUGUGUGAAUAAUUUUCAGAAUUUUUAGUGACUUCAUUUCAAUUUAAGUCCAGUCCUUUUAUUGAUUUUUCCCAAAUUAUUUUGCUUGCAGGUUUCUAAAAGAGCUUCAACUUCAAAGAAGGGCCAGCCUCCUAAAGAACCCGGCAAAGGACAACUGUGGGAUGGACUGGUGUCGAUCAUUCUUGUAGAGGGCAAAAAAAUGAUCCCCAUGGAUGAUUCAGGUGAGGAGAGGACGACUUGACUGAUCAAACAGUUACAAAGCAAGAAACUGGAAUUGUAUAAACCAAAGUAAUAAAGAAGAAAAACUUAUUGUUGUGAAUUGCUGUACUUAAACGUGCGGUCCAAGAUCUCUUGUCGGAGACUAUACUUGUACAUCUGUUCAUACAUGUAUAGUUAUGCCACUUUAUGCAGCCAUUCUGUUUCAGAUACAUGUUACUCUUGCAUUGCACUGGAGUUUUAACAAAACUAACAUGAAUAAAACGUUCUAAUUUUUAGGUCUUAGUGAUCCUUACUGUCGUUUCCGUUUGGGAAAUGAAAAGUACAAAACAAAAGCCUGCAAAGAGACUCUGAGCCCACAGUGGAAAGAACAGUUUGACUUGAAGAUCUAUCCUGACUCUCCCAUGAUGUUGGAGGUGACUGUGUGGGACAGAGAUGUUAGAAAAGAUGAAUUCAUGGGAAGGUAAAAUGUUCAUUAUUCUCAUGUUUGUUCCUCUAUGAAUUGAUAUCCACAAAACAGCAUACUUUUUCUCAGACGAUGCUGCACAGGAACCCUAAUCUUUGUUUAGACCAGGGAGACCAUUCACGAUGAAGCAAUCUUAUAAACAGUCGAAUCCUGGAGGAGUUACAUAAAUCUCAUAAAAUAGCUUGAAAGUGAGGGGGUUUGUAUUUAGAUGUUUUUAAAAAUCGUGUCCACUUGAGGGAAUUUAAAAAAAAAAAAAUAGAAAGUAAAGAAAGCAGAAAGUACUCCCUUUCCAUACAUUUUUAUUGUUUCAACGACCAUAAAUGAGUGUGGGUAAAAUCAAAAUAUCCGUUUGAUAGCCACCAAAACCGUAUUUAACGAAAAUAAAAAAAGAACGGCUAGAUAAGAUUUCCAAAAACCUGAAGAUGAUUGGCAAUAAGUAACAUCGACAAGACAAAUGCUUCACAAUGUGUUCGUCCCAUGAAGUUGAAUUUCGUGAAUAGUGUUACGUAGUGUUUUUCCCUGCCAACCUCAGCCUUUUAAAAUGGACCUCCACAAGAAAAUAGAGAUGCCAUGGUCUUUAGAACUUGUGCAGAGUUUUUUAUAUUGGAAAACCUGGUUUCUCUGAGUGGUAACCUGAAAAUCUACUCAUCUGUUUCUGAUUGACAGGUGUCAGAUUGAUCUAUCAACACUCGAACGGGAAAAGUCGCAUAAAAUCGAGGCAGCACUGGAGGAUAAUGCAGGGACUAUAGUAAUGCACUUAUCCAUUACAGGAUUGGACGCACCGGGGUGUGAAUCAGACUUAAAUACAUUUGUAGAGAAACCUGGACGACGACAAGAGGUCGCUAAACAGUUCAUGUUAAAGAAUACACCCAAAAAGAUUAAAGACGUUGGUUGGCUUCAGGUAAUAAAUAUUGUGGAUUAGGUGAAGCAAAACUUACUAUUGAUGUACUGCACCCGCCCUGUUUGUAUUAAGCCUUUGAGCACUGUACAUUGUAAACCCUCAUCUAUAGUUAGUAGUUUUUAUUUAAUUCCCCCCUCCAAUCUCAAAUCUCAAAUAUCAGUGAGCCGCUUGAUCUUGAUCGUUUCAGCACAGGGUUUCCAGACUCGCAACAGCCUAUUUUAUGGGAAUUUAUUGCACGGAAGAAUUCUAAGUAGGUGAGAAACCAAAACACUAAAACUUGCUAAAAUAGCGUUUAUAGGGCGGAAAACAGUAAGAAAACAACAUAGACACAGCUCUUUGUGAGGUAUGUGUACUUAAUUAGCUGUUUGUGUAGAUUUUAACCGUUUUAUCGACCUUACGAUAAAUUCCCAUACAAAUCCAUUUAAUGUGGCUUCCACUAGGCAGUUGUGAGUCUGGGACCAUUGUGGUUUCAGGAGUAAGUCCCGCUUCAGGACGCAGAUCUCUGAGUUAAUUACGUUAUAGCCGGCUGUAUCUUGUAUUAUUGCUUUAAAUAAUCUUUGUGCAGGGAAUAAAAUUGUAGUGUAAAAGUUUGUUUCUUCACGACAGGUGAAACUUCAUCGUGCAGUUGGACUGGCUUCAGCUGACAUUGGAGGAACCAGUGAUCCAUUUGCUGUGGUUGAGCUUAAUAACCAGCGUCUAGUCACCCCAACUUUGUACAAGACUCUUAACCCUGCUUGGGACAAAAUCUAUGAGAUGUAAGUUCAACCAUACUCAAAUUGAACUGCUUCACCAUGACCUCAUCUAAUCAUCCAUCUCGAAGUAAAUAAACUAAUUCUAUAUUUUACCGUCUCUCGCAGGACUGUCUAUGAUAUUCACGACGUUCUAGACAUUACUGUUUUUGACGAGGACAAGAGAGGCGCCCCGGAAUUUCUUGGCCGAGUAGUAAUUCCACUAUUACAGGUAAAUUAAGGCAGUUAUAGAGAGUUAUUCAAUCAUUUACAAGGUAUCUACUGUACCGCUCUAGUGACUUAGGGAUUGGCGUAUGAGACUAGAACCGACUGGGUUCCUUAUUGGAAUAAUUUUUACCGUAGAGACAUCGAGUCUGAAAUUGCCACCUGUUAAAUGAAUAUGCUCUUGAAAAAAGCGAAAUUUUCCUAACUUCAACUUUGAUACUUUUUCAGCAACAAGUUUACAUGUACAACAACUGUUUGUAUUACAAUCGUCACCCGAAAAUAGCAUGGCUAAAAUCGCGGGUGCAAACUACAUGUACAUGAGUACAUUAAUUCUUCAAGACCCAAAAGUCAAUAGAUUGAAUGAAUUGCAUUAUAAUGGUUACAGAGCACUUGUUUCAUGUCACAUUUAUCCCUAGGUUACCCCCGGUGAGAAGCGUUUGUACCAGUUAAAGAAUAAGAGCUUGGAAGGCAGGGUCAAAGGUCACCUUAUUCUUACCCUUGAUGUGGAUUAUAAUCCAAUACGGGCUGCGGUGAGGACAGUCAAUCCAAGGGACCCUAAGACUAUGUUUGAUCCACCUAAAUUCAAGAGAGCGGUAAGGAAUUGCGUUUUGAGCUUGUUUGAAUCUUCUUCUCCCAGAAACUUUAAUUCGGUAGUGAAAAAGCGGAUUGAAUUCCAUUGUCUACCAUGUGGUUUCCUUUUUUUUCUCUUUUUGAUGAACAUUUCUGUUUCAUGUGUUUUUGUUUUCAGUUGUUGCAGCGUAAUAUUGACCGCGUGAACAAACUUGUUGCAAGUCUGGUAUCGACUGGGGCUUUUGUCCAGUCGCUCUUUACGUGGCAGUACAAAUUUAGGAGUGCUUUUGCUUUUGCAGUAAGUAUAUCGGUUUAAUCUCCUUUAUCCAUCCCCAAGUAUCUGUUUUAGGCGCGUUUUACGAGAUCCAUUGAUUUUGCCUUUUAGAUCUACAUUAUGCUAUGCCUGAACUUUGACUUCUACAUUAUACCGCUGACCCUCCUACUAACGUUCCUGAAGCAGUAUGUGAUGUGUAUGUUACUUGCGGACAGAAACGUGAACCCUGAAGAACAGGUGCGUGCCUACUCAUUCAUAUUCAGCAGUUUUUGAAAAAAUGUGCAACUUGAGUCAUGUUUUUUCAGGUCUUUUUUGGGCUUCCUCUUGAACUGACAGAUCCACUUUUUGUAGUGUCGUACUGGCCUGGGAUUAUACUGAGUGUUUUUCUAAUAACCACUGUUAAUGGAGUAAAUCCCCGUCGUCAGUCGAACAUGAUGUUCUGGGGUGGUACAAACUAGUACUUUCCUGCAAUUUUACAAUCUUUUACGUAGCAGUUGGCAGCAACUUCCGGGGAAAGUAGGAUUGUUAUGGCGCUUAGCUGGAAGUUUUUCUCUUGAUAUCGCACAGCUGGUCUCACCAAUAAACACACGCGUGCAUGAUGAUUUUAUCCUUUUUUGCUACAGGAAGGAGCGCCAGUAGACGAUGAUGAUGACUUGGAAGAUGAAGAGGAAGAUAAAGGAAAGAAAGGGGUAGGACAUUAGGACUGUCGCAAAAAAACCGCAGUCAACUGUACUGAAGACCAACAACCUCUUAACGUUUUAAUUAAUCACUUGAAAUGAGUGUCUUGCUAAACCUUGGGGAUCUCACUGGGGUUAGGGUGACCUAAGUUAUGCUCUGGUGACUUUGGAACUGAAUGGGUGCCGGGCCAGCUGCAAAUGUCCUUUCUCGUAUACUCUAUCCCUUUGUCUUUUUUUAAUUUCAUUUCCCUAUUAUAUUCUAAAAGUGUGUAGCAAAGCAAAUUUAGCAUAGUUUUUGGCAGUUAUUGCAUGUGUAAAACAAACGGUAAGUUCGCACGCAAACUCUCCCAGUGCAACGUCCGCUGCCUGGAAAAGCUUAAUAAAUUUUAAUUUAAUAUUAACUAGAAUGACUUGAAGAGUUUUACUUGCCUUACAGGACAAAGGAAAGAGUUUCAAAGAGAAGAUAGCAGCGCUAACAUCCAUCUGUCAGACUGUGCAAAACGCUCUUGAUAUGGUGGCCUCCAUGGGCGAAAGGGUGAAAAAGUAAGUCGACUGUAUGAUAAAGAGUUUCGGUAAAAUUAUAAACCACACCCAGAUGUUAGAAAAAUACCUGAAGAACACAAGGAUUAGAAAGCAGGGCUUAAUAUCCUUCAAAAUAAAAAGAACGUACGAACUUGACAAACAGAACCUAACAAUCCCUUCAAAUGUCAUUUGUGCUGUAUAUAUUAGCGGUUGAUAUUCAGCGUACAUGUGCCUUCUUACCAAACGUUUUUUUUCUCCUUGCAGCACUUUUAACUGGACGGUGCCAUUUUGUUCGUAUUUGAUGUGUGUUAUCUUCACGUUAGGAACAGUUGUGCUAUAUCUUGUACCUCUCAAGUUCUUGUUGCUUGCCUGGGGUAAGGUUUUUUUUCCACUUACUCUUGAAUGCCUUAUUCUGUUUUACAUUUCUCAGUCCUUGAGAGCAGCUCGCUGCCUUUUUUUUGCGUUGAUUCUGUUAUUUUUUUAUGCAAAGAUAUGAAGCGUUAAUUUAAACACCCCCUUCAGAUACCCUUCUUUUUUGUUCUUUGUUUCUAGCAGUUGUGGCCCUUAAUGUCUUUUGUUUAGGCUGCGAAACCGCUAACGCGUUAAAUGAAGGCACGGCGGAAGGGGGGUGGGGUUUGCUUGGUGGCUCCAUCGUGGGGCAGCGCGCUGAAAGCAAAACCACCCUAUCCAAUCCGUGCAGCUCCAAAGGCCACGUUAUCUCAGAUACAUGUGGCAAACCUUCCGAAAAUCAGAUCAUUGACAGUUCGCACAGUGCGAGACAAUACCUUUUGUUUAGCACAAGUUGCCUUGUUUAUUUAUAUUGAACUGUUUUGUUUGUGACCAGGAAUAAACAAGUUCACGAAAAAGAUCCGUAAACCAAAUGCUGUCGACAACAACGAGCUCAUGGACUUCUUGUCACGAAUUCCUUCAGAUGUUGAAGUGGUACGUUGAAUCACCCCAUCUCUCUGAAAUCACUGUUCUGCGAUUGUCCAGCAAUCCGCCAAAAACUGCGGAUCCCGUAAAAAAAAUCCCCCGUGAAAUAAAUAUCACGAAAUAUAGUCUAUUUUAAUAAAUUUAACGUUGUCAACCAUGUUGCGACCUAGCCUCCUAAGUGGAGCGGGCGAAAAAGCUUGGCCUGGGUAAGAAAGAAAAAUACGGAUUCACGAAGAUUUGUUUCCAUGAAACGCAAAGAAUUGACGACAAUCCGCGAAAUAAAACUUUUCGUGAAAAUCAAAUGGUAUUCAAAUACUUGAGUUAAACUUUUGGUAAAACUUCCUAAGAACCUUUCCAUUUGUUUUGUCUACAGAAAGAGCAAAAGGUGCUGAAAACAGACCCUUCACUCCGGUUAAAGAGGAUCGAUGGCUAAUGAACACGCCUCUGAUCGUCUUGCAAACAGCCUUAUCAGUUAAAUGGGGGAUGAAACUGACGCGGAAUAAGGAGGGGGUGUGGCCCCGAUGUGCUCACUUCCUAGAAAUGUCUUUAUCUCCAGACAGAAAACAGAUGACGAGGAGAAACAUUUGCAGCUUGAACAAUAUUGCGAAUUUAAUUCUAUUUAUUAAAUUGUACAGUAUUUAUUAUCUUUAAAGUAUUAGAAUAUGUAGCUAGCGAUAUAAAAGUGAAUUGGCGUCUCUACGGGCACCUUGUGGGUAACAUGUUGCCCUUAAUUUGUUGAGACAUUUAUAUUGGGAUGAGAUAUCAAUUGUAGGUUUGUAAAAUCAAUUAAUAAAUUAUAUUUAAUCUUUUUU